CGGUGCCCGUCGCCACUUCCGGGAGCGCCUGGGCUGCGGCCGCCGCCUCGCUGUGCUGUCAGCCGCCGGCCGGGCCGCGGAGCCGCGUGAGCGCGCAGCCGGACCCAACCGCCCCGUCCCCGCGCACAACGCCCGGCCUCUCCCUGCGCCAUGGGGGCGUCCACGCGGCUACUGCGCGCAGUGAUCUUGGGGGCGCCGGGCUCAGGCAAGGGCACCGUGUCGUCGCGCAUUACCCAACACUUCGAGCUGAAGCACCUCUCCAGCGGGGAUCUGCUCCGAGGCAACAUCCUUCAAGGCACAGAAAUUGGUGUGUUAGCCAAGACUUUCAUUGAACAAGGGAAGCUCAUCCCAGAUGAUAUCAUGACUCGGCUGGCCUUGCAUGAGCUGAAAAACCUCACCCAGUAUAACUGGCUCUUGGAUGGUUUCCCAAGGACUCUUCCUCAGGCAAAAGCCCUGGAUAAAGUUUAUAAAAUAGACACCGUGAUUAAUCUGAAGGUGCCCUUUGAGGUCAUUAAGCAGCGCCUCACAGCUCGCUGGAUUCAUCCGGCCAGUGGCCGAGUCUACAACAUCGAAUUCAACCCUCCCAAAACUGUGGGCAUCGACGAUCUGACUGGGGAGCCUCUCGUGCAGCGUGAGGACGAUAAACCGGAGACGGUUGCCAAGAGACUGAAGGCUUACGAAGCUCAGACAGAGCCAGUCUUGGAAUACUACCAGAAAAAAGGAGUGUUGGAAACAUUCUCCGGAACCGAAACCAACAAGAUCUGGCCCGAUGUAUAUGCCUUCCUACAAACAAAAGUGCCACAAAUAAACCAGAAAUCAUCAGUUACUCCUUGAGGAAAAGCCGGUGUAACUAAGCAGGAGGGAGGAGAGAAAGAUAUAAAUAUCAACAAUGAAUCAUUGAUUGGCUGUCUUCAGCACACCCCCAACUGGGGAUUGAGCCCACAACCCCGACAUGUACUCUUGACCAGAAUUGAACCUGAGACUCUACACUUUAUCUGCUGAGCCAAAUUGGCGAGGGCCUAGAUGGAUGUUUUGAUGUCAAAGAUGUUUCACUCAUCUUUGUACUUUCCAUGGUUUGUGUCAAAAGAAAACUGUCCAACCUGAAAUACACAUUAUCCCUUUGUCUACUAUACUCUUACUAUUUCUUAAGAAACAGAAAAGCCAACAUUUUCUCUUAAUAGGAGUUAGUUCUUAGUACUAAAGAAAAAAGAAAAGGAUGUCAAUUUACUGUUCAAUAUGUAAAGAUUAUAGUUUUUAAGUGCAAAUCAUGCCAUCAGUCAGUGGCUCCUAAAAUAAAUUCAAUCACACCUUCACACUCAAAACAUAGAACACACUACCCUUUGAAAGUAAAAACUAUAGCUUUUAAAAAGCUCUUCAAUAAUACCUGUUUUA